UUUAAUAAGUUGCCCGGACCCCUCGGCUGUGCCUGAGGCGCUUUCCCUCCCAAGUACUCCUUCGCAAGCCGAGGAGGAGGAGGCCGAGGGUACCAUCCCCCUACCCUGGGAGGUGUCCCUGGCCUAUCCUUCUUCGAGGAGUUACUUAGACAAGUAUUUGUCUGAUGGUGUAGUUAGGAUAGCUAUGCCGGGAGAGGAAGGCGAAGCUUCUACAUCGGGUCGGCUCGCGUAUCCUGAGAUCGACCCCAAAGGCGGUCCGGGAGCAAAAUUUCCACUUCCUUCUUUAAUAAAGGCCUUAAUGGAGGAUGCCCGAGGCCAAGCAGCAAAAUUUCAGAUAAAGGACCCUUAUCUGCUGGUCCGACCUGAUGCGAGCCAUACCAUCUUGUCUCCUCCGCCCGGGUGCACGGCGUUUUACUAUAAGGCCAUGGAACUAGGCCUAAGAUUCCCGCUGACCCAAUUUGAGAAAGGCAUCCUGAACGCCUAUAACCUUUGCUUGGGUCAGCUCUCCCCAAAUUCUUGGGGCGGGAUCUUAGCGGUUCAGGUGAUCUGUAACAUCAUCGGUGUCAAGCCGACCCUGACCCUUUGGCGGCAUAUGUAUAAAUUGUUCGAGAUGCCAGCCGGGGAUCAUGGUCCGGGCUGGUGGUGCUUUCAGGCUCGGCGGGGCUACCGCACAGUUCUUGAUCUCCCCACUUCUCAGAAGGGGUUCCGCCGGGGAUUCGCCUUUGUGUACCAUGGUGGGGAAUGGGGCAUCCCCACCGUGCCCCCGUCAUCCGAGCCAAACCAUUGUUUGAACUUCAAGGUGCCGGAGCUAUCCGACGAGGAAGCCGUGGCCGCUAUCUACUUUCAGCUGGAGGCUAAGAUAGUCGACGGUGGCGAGGUGUUUGUAGCGGGGAACUGGCUCCCGAGCUGCAAACAGUUCAAGAACGAGCACUUCCUGGCGGCCUUCGGCUUGAGUCCGGCCUUUCCCAAGGAAGCAUCCCUAGCCUUCCUUAAGGAGACCGACUCGGAGAUGGCCGAACGAUUGACUUCCGCUGCGCUGAAGGCGGCUCGGAUUAGGGCCGAGAUGAAGGCCAACAAAAUUAACAAGCCUUCUAAGCCAAAGGAUCCUUCCAACCCUAAGCCGAGGAAGCGCAAGGAGCGCACUGAGGAGAGGGUGGAGAUGACGGAGAAGGCCUUGGCGAAGGCCCGAGCCGAAACGGAGGCCUCGGCCAAGAAGGCGAGGCAAGAUCCUUCCGCGGAGGUGAACAGUCCCCGACCCGACUCUGAAAGGGGGGACACCCACAUUUCGUUUCACCCCUCGGACUUUGAGCCUGUCCGGAGUCAGGGGCAUGUUCAGGGGACCUCCAACCCUUCUCUGGCCGAGCGUUCUCUGUCCGAGGCGCCCGUCCCUUUCACUCAAAUGUCCAAGACGGACAAGAAGAAGAGGAUUUCCGACGCGCUGGAGAUCCUGUGCACUCAAACCGACCGAGACCAUAUUAAUGAAGUCAACGGGAGGAAUGAGUCGAGCGAGCUUUUCCGCUCUUGGAUGGACUUUUCCAUCCGUAUGACUAAAGUGGCCGAAGACCGGCUCGCUUUGGUCCAAGAAAUCCAGGAGCUGAGGGACGCGGCUCGGUCCCACUUUGACGAGCUGUACGACAACGAGGACAAAAGAUUGGCCGAGCUCCGCAAGGAAGAGGCGGAGGAGAAGAUUCGGAAGGGCGAGGAGGCCUGGCAAAAAGAGCAGCUGGAGUGGAAAGAAGAGAGAGCCAACCUCUCCUUGGCUAAGGAGAAUGCUGAGUCGGCCAGGGUCACGGCCGAAACUAAGCAGGCUCAGGCCGAGAAGGAGUUGGAAGAAGUCAAGCUCCAGCUCUCUGCGGCUGAAGCUCAAUUGAAGGAAGCCGAAGCGGCCGUUUCUCGCUCUCAGGAGGAGUGGUUCAAAGUCUGGCAGGGAUCGGACGACUGUACCGAUUUCUGUGCCGACGUGGGCCAGUCUUCCCAUAAGAUGGGCGAGGACGAGGCGCUUGCUAGGCUUAAGGUAGCCUUGGUUGAUUCCUGUCCCGAGGCCGACUGGAAUUCAGUCUGGUCUCGCUACCAGGAGUUGGCCGAUGCCGAGGCAGCUGAGAUUAAGGCCAAGAUGGCUGAAGAGAUGAGCUCGGACAGCGACUCUGAUGAUGAAGAAGAGGAUGCUGGUAGCACCGAGCCACCUCCACCAGAGCAACCUGCCGCCGGUCCUUCUACUUAGCUUUCUCAGGAUUUUCAUUUUCUUAGCCUUGGCCUUGUCGGCCUUCUAGCUUUUCUAUUCUUGCCUCGCUUUUUGUAUUUUUGUAAACUCUUGGUUGUAUUUUUCAACUUUUCAUCAAUUGGAAUACAACUACUAUUUUGCAA